GGCGAUGAAGCUCUCUCUUCAGCAGCACGAUCACUUCGCCCAAGCUCGUUGUAUGGGUGUCUUCGCUGAUGUUCAUAGAAACAGAGGGGACUGUGAGAGGGCGUUUCCUAGAUACGAGUCUGCGUUGAAUCUGAUGUCUGAUAUUGGUGAUCGCUAUGGUCAGAUAAUCGUUCUUGCCGGGAUGACCAAAGCAUUGAUUCAUAUGAAGCAACCUGAGAAGGCAAUAGACUUCUGCAACAAAGCAAUGGAAGUAGCAACUAGUAUUGGCAAUAAGAUGUGCAUGCUGCGAUCGAACUGGACCCUUCAUACGCUGUACAGAGCCAUUGGAGAUAUGACGUCAUCGCAGCAACACGCCUGCAAGUUUGACCAGUACUUACAAGAGAUGGAGCUCUACUGUGGUGUGUGUCACGAGGUGAUGGGCAACAGAGAGAACAGUCUCAAUAGUCUCACGUGCUUCCACAUAUUUCAUUCAAGGUUUGUUAGAAGGGUGUGUCUGUAGGGGUGGGGCUCUACUGUGGUGUGUGUCACGAGGUGAUGGGCAACAGAGAGAACAGUCUCAAUAGUCUCACGUGCUUCCACAUAUUUCAUUCAAGGUUUGUUAGAAGGGUGUGUCUGUA